AUGCUCAACAACAACAAAUGGGUAGUCAUCAACUCAAUUGUGUUAAUUUUUAGCUUGCUUUUCGUGUUUCCCCACUUGACAAAAUCUGCAGAUGUGAAAUUCAAGAUUAGAACAGUGGUUGAUUCAUUGGUAAAACCAACUUCAGUCAGCGUGUUUGAGAAUGGAGAUAUUUAUGUAGCUGAAGAGAGUGUCGUGAGCAAAAUUUAUACUAAUGGAACGAAAGUAAUUGUGGCUGGUGGAGGCUCUGAUACUAGUAGUGCAGUGAUGGUUCCUACACAAGCACAAUUAAAUAUUUAUUUCAGUUCGUUUGAUUGCAUUGGUAAACCAGGAGCUUAUGGCUCUGCUAGUUCUGGAACUUACUUUCUCAAGAAUCUUUCCUCUCCAAAGGGUAUAUUUAGAACAAGUAAGAAUGAAUUCUAUAUUGCUGAAUCAUCAGGUAGAGUUAAGGUUUAUAAUGGAACGUUAAGGCAAAUUGCUGGUGUUGGACUAAUUGGCUCCAGUUGUCCAGACGAUUCAGAUGCGCUUACUUGUUUAAUAAGCAAUACAAAUGGAAUUUUUGUGAGUGGAAAGAAUGAAGUUUACAUUACUGAAAUGAUUGCUUCUGGAACUGUUAGGAAAUUAUAUCCAUACUGUGAGGAUGGUUUAGUAUUGAGCUCUGAUGGAAGAUUAUGCAAUCCAUUGUGUUUCACAAAGUCUGGGAAUGAAGCAUGUGGAGGCCCAUCACAUGGAUUAUGUAUUGAUGUGGACACCUGUCAAUGUAACAAUAAUUAUUAUGGUAUGGCAUGUGAACUGCCAAAAUGUUUUGGAAAGAAUUCAACUUUAUAUUGUAGUAUGAAUGGUGAAUGUAUAGAUGUGAAUAAUUGUUCAUGUAAUUCCAAUUAUUAUGGAAUUGAGUGUAAUGUCACUACUUGUGAUGGAAAGUUUUCGAAUAAUUCAAAUACUUGUUCGAAUCAUGGAACAUGCGUUGAUUACAAUAUUUGUGAAUGCAAUGAAAAUUACGAAGGAACAUUUUGCAAUAUAUCAAAAUGUAAUGGUACACUCUCUAAUGAUCCAUCUGUUUGUUCUGGAAAUGGCAAUUGUCUUGAAUAUGACACUUGUCAAUGUUUUAAUUCCUCAAUGUACUCUGGCAGUUUUUGUGAAAUUCCAAUUUGUUUUGGAAUUUUAGCAAAUCAAUCAUUGAGUGUAUGUUCAGGACAAGGAAAUUGCAUUUCAGUUGAUCAGUGUCAAUGUAAUUCCAAAUAUGGAGGAUCUCAAUGUGAAAUUCCUUUUUGUAAUACGAAACUUGGUACAGAUCCAUUGGUUUGUAAUUCUCAUGGAAAUUGUACAGCACCGAAUCAGUGUCAAUGCAUGAGUGGGUAUGAUGGAUCUGAAUGUGAAUUGAUUAACUGUUUUGGUAUCUAUUCGAAUCAAACUAAUCAAAUCUGUAAUCAAGGAAACGGUACUUGCCUAGCUCCAGAUACUUGCAGCUGCAACAGUGGAUGGACUGGAUUGAAUUGUGAGAUACCUAUCUGUCACGGAGUUCCUUCCAACAAUUCCAGAGCUUGUUCUUCGAAUGGUCAAUGUACGAAUCCAAACUAUUGUAAAUGUGAUUCGAAUUAUUAUGGAACUAAUUGUGAAAAAACUACUUGUAAUUCUGUACCUUCUGAUGACAGCAAUGUUUGCUUUGGAAAUGGAAAAUGCAUUUCCUAUAACAAUUGUAAUUGUUCAGAUGGAUAUGGACCUUCGACAACGUGUCAAUUUCCAAUUUGUUUUGGUAAAUUGGCAAAUGACAGCAGUGUCUGCAAUGAUACUGAACAGUAUUGCGAUGCACCAAAUGAAUGCAAGCUUAAAAAUCCAAUCUGCUUUGGCAUUGAAAAGUUGGAUAAUAGAUCUUGUUCUGGAAAUGGAAAAUGUUUGUCAACUGAUUAUUGUAAAUGUGAUUUCAAUUAUUUUGGUGAAGAAUGUCAAUACUUUAAAUGUAAUGGUGUCGAAUUCAAUUCAACAAGAGUUUGUAAUUCUCAUGGUGUUUGCAAAUUCUUGAAUACUUGCAUUUGUGAGAAUGGAUUUGGAGGAAACAAUUGUGAACUAGUGGAAUGCAAUGGAAUAUUGGAAAGUUCAAGCUCUGUAUGUAGUGGAAGAGGAACAUGCCUUAAUGUAGAUCAAUGUGAAUGUGAAUAUGGAUACAGUGGAUCAAAUUGUCAAUUUACUUCAUGUUUUGGCAUAGAACAAGAAAGCUCACAAGUUUGCAAUCUUGGAAAUGGAACUUGUCGUUCAUUUGAUUACUGUAAAUGUGUGAAUGAAAGCAAAUGGUUCGGACCACAAUGUAACAUUACCUAUUGUUAUGGUGAAACAUCUGUUGAUUCAAAAGUUUGCUCCUCUCAAGGUGAUUGUGUUAAUUAUGACACCUGUCAUUGUAAGAAGGAUUUCAUUGGCAAUAAGUGUCAAUUUAAAUUCCUUUCCCAAGCAAUGAAGUUAUCAUUCAACAAUACUAGUGAUAUUGUUGGAGAUAUUUCAACCAUUAUUUCUCUUUCCAUUCAAGAUUCUUCAUUUCUUGAUUAUUAUGUCAACCAAUCCAUUAACAUUUUUAUUGAAUUCCUAUUAGAUGGUCAAUUUGAUUCCUCUUCAACUGUCCACCAACAGCUGACAUCUUCCAUUCCAUUUAAUCUACCAGCCUCUCUUUCCAAAACAGGUUCCUUAACAGCUAAGGCAGCUCUUUCCCUCAACUCGACGCUCAUUUCCUUCAGAGUUGAAACUGAAACAGCUCUUUCUCUUCAACUAAAAAACAUUCCUCAGAUUUCAGCAAGAUUGACUUCGCUUCCUUUCCUUGCUAUUGACUCAGUACACAGUGAGAAUACAGGAGUGAUUGUUGCAGCAGUUGUUGUUCCAAUUGUUUCUGUUGCAGUUAUUGGAGGUGGUGUUGCUGUAUUGAUUACAACUAUUGUAAUCAUGAUGAAGAAGAAAGCAUCUGCUUCAUUGGCAAAAGAUUUAAUUAUGGCUGGUGCCACUGAUGUUGAAUUGGCCUAGUUUAGAAAGCCAAUUCCUUGAGUUAAUUGCACUCAAUCCCUCAAGAGCUAAAUAAAUAUCAAGAACAA